CCUGAACUCAUCGACGUUUGUCAAGGUUGCUAGAAUACAUCGGCAGCACAUUUUGAAGAAACCGAGGCCUAGCGAAAGUCCUUUUUUUGUAGAGGAAUUGCAUUACUCGAUUUAACGAUCAUUAAUCUCUUUUCAUCGUGAUCACUUUUUUUUCCCGAGAAGAAUGUUCCGGAGUAUUUGUAGUAGCCUUUUUUGACACAAAAAAGAAUCCUACAGCAGGUUAUUGCCAGCAUGGCGGACAGAAGCAAAAGUCGGUUACGGUCCGUACGAAGGGCGACAUCUGUUGCUACAAAAAAUAUCGACCGGUAUCUAGCCCUACGCGCUGCCGAGUCCAGCAUAGGGUUUCCCGUAGGACGAGCUGUUCGGGCAACCGCAGAACUAAGAAAGUCGCAGGAUGCAAUAGUUCGGUUCGCCUCGUUGGGGUUCCGGGUAGUACCCAUUGGGUACGAGUUCACGGUACUCACACCCCUGGAGAAAAACAUGAAGCGCUUGGCCAGCAUGUUGGCCACGAAACCCGCACCUGGACAAGCGUAUGUUUACUACAAAACCCUGACCAUGACAUCAGCCGUGGCCCAGGAUGACAGGGAAUUGCUGGUGAAGCGAACAAUGACCAUAGAAAUCAUGUUUGUGUCGGAAACGAACGUCAUCAAGCUCGACAACGCGGACUUGAGCAUUCAAAGGGAAAAAAUCCGCUUGACGAUCCCGAAUGCCAAGCCUGUAAUCGAUUCCAUCCAAGUCUCUGCCACCAAAAUACUGAUCACUCUGGUGGAAUCCCCUCCGGUGGGUACUAUUGCAUUGCUCACGAUUCCGUUCAGCGCGGGUCCGAUUUCCUUCGACUUGGAUUCGCAAGGGAAAUUUUAUUUCCUCAACACCAUCGUGCUUCCCAGGAAAGACAAGGUUCCUUCCGACAAGUUCUUGCCGGGAUCGAAACUUCCGUUCCCGUGCUUUGAUGAUCCACGUCUCAGGGCCCCGCUUUUCGUCACAGUCGGACGCCCACAUGGUUCCAUUUCCAUCUCCAACGCGCCUUUGGUCGCCACCACGAAGAUGCUGAACCAGGCGGACAGGAAUCACUGGUCCUGGGACACCUUCUCGCUCACGUCGCCGAUGAAUGUGGAGGAGCUGACUUUCCUCGUGUCCAACAACAUGAAAGUCUUCACGCCCAUGAUUCAAGGCACGUCGACUCGUCUGUUGACGGAAAAGAGCAAAGAUGCGGCUUAUUACGAAGAGAUGAUCAUGCCGUAUGUGUCGGAAGUGGGUAGGCAAAUGGAGCUCAUUGUGAAAAUCAGUUAUGCUCCGAUGCCAACCGCUCUUGUCGUCGCGACGGCUCCGGAAUUGGCUGCGAUGAUUCCUGAAUACGGAGUUGCGAAACUGGGGGUCAUUUACGCACAUCCUAAAAAUUUCGGAACGAAAGGAUUGAAACCAGGUUCUGACCCGUUGAUGGAAACAUACAAAACAGUCGCUUCAUUGGCUCGUUGGGAUGCUGAAAUGUGGUUUCGUUGCGGGAUCUCAGGAGAAAACAACGCAACUUCUUGGUUGCAUCGAUCAAUGGCACAUUUGGUGUCGUUGGAAGUCGUUGGCAGUUUUUAUGGACAAUUUUCGGAACCAAAGAUGGCUCCAAAUGUUCAUCGUGCGACAUAUUUCGACAUUGCCAUCCACGAAGUCGGGCUUCGAGAGGACAAUCGAGUCCCGUGCGACAUUUGCAUUUGGCAUCCCCAUCACUCAUGGAAAUACGAAUACGAAAUCGGGAAAGGAAUUUCCUUAUUGAAGAUGUUGAUGAAAAUUUUCAACGACGAAGUUUUCUGGCGCGCAAUGAAUCAGUACCUGACUUUGAACUGGCUCGAUACCGUCAGCGGUACGCACGAGUUUUUGAAAGGUCUUCACGAGGUCGUCAGCAGUACCCCUUUAGUGGCUGAUCGCAUCCCUGAAAAAACUACAAUUCAUCUUUUGUUCCAAGAAUACUUCAAACCCGGAGAACGUUUCGUUCCGACCACUGCUGUAAGGGCCACUGGCGUCGUUCAUUCAGCCAAGGCCUGUCCUGGCGACCCUCUCAAGGCGGUGGCUUCUACGGAAAAGAAAACGUGGAACUUCCCGAUCUAUUUAAAUUCAGCGAAGAAUACGAAGUUCAGCGCGAAGAAUAUCUUCUACUGGCUACGCAACAAGAGCUCUGAGGACUUGGCGUGUCCGGCAGACAAAACCGAUUGGAUCAUCGUUAAUCCUGGACGCGUAGCCUACGCUAGAGUGAAUUACGACGAGAGGAAUUGGAAAUUGUUGUCGAAAGCAUUAUCUUCGGGCACUACUAUCAAUGAUCGGACACGGGCUUGCAUCUAUAGCGAUGCCAUGUUCUUUUAUUCGGUCAAUCUCCUGAAAACCGACAUUGCCAUGACGAUUGCAGAGCUAUGCGUGACGGACGGUUCGGAGUAUUGCCGGCUCGUGGGUGUCAUGAAUUACGAUAUCAUCUCGUCGCUCAUUCCGGACAUUGCGCAGGCGAAUAUUGAUUCAUUGAAACGUGUCAUGAAUGAGGUGAAGUCUGAGUUUGAGCAUUGGCUCGGUGACACAACUGCAACACAAUUCUCCUUCAGCCAUUUGAAAGCAGACUGA